AUGUCCCGCGCAACCCCCUUUACCCGGGUCAUCUCCGUGCUCCUCGGCCUCACCACCGCCGCCCGCGCAUACGACGUUUUUGACUCGCAGUACCUGUACGAUCUGGGCUACUAUGGCUUCUGGCCGCAGACGCACUUUAAGAGCUUCGGCCUCACAGCGCCACGCCUGAACUACCUGACGUGGGACAAGCGAUGUGACGACGGCUACUACCUGAUCGCCCCGAAGGGCAAGAUCGUCUCGAAGCCCGGGCCCAUGAUAAUAGACGCGAGAGGGGAGCUGGUCUGGGCUGACGAUAAAUUCGGUAUCGUCACGGAUCUCGAGGUCCAGACGUACAACGGCAGCGAUUACCUGACUUUCUGGUCUGGGCCUGACGGCACCACCCAUGGUUACGGACGGGGGAUACACUACAUGCUUGAUAGUAACUACGAGGUAUUUCGAAAGAUUGAACCCGUGGGCGAGGAUCUGAAGGGCGACCUACAUGAAUUCAAAAUUACUGAGCAUGGCACGGCCAUGAUGACCAUAUACAGCCCGGUGCCGGCCGACCUCUCUUCCAUCGGCGGUCCGGUACAGGGGUGGGCUCUUGACAGCAAGUUUCAAGAAGUCGAUAUCGAGACAGGAGAGCUGCUCUUCGAGUGGAGUGCGCUCGAGCACCUCCAAGUCAACGAAACAAUCCGCUACUUCGCAGGCGAAGACGACGGCACGGCCCCAGGAACCGCCUUUGACUUUUUCCAUAUCAACAGCAUGGACAAGUACGCCGAUGGAAACUACAUAGUCUCGGGUCGGCACACGAGCACAAUCCACUGUGUCAGCCCCGACGGCACCGUGCUCUGGACGCUCGGGGGCAAGAAGAACAGCUUCCAGGACCUGUCGGACGGCCUUGCCACCGACUUCACGUACCAACACCACGUGCGUCUGCACGACAACCACACGCUCAGCAUUUUCGACAACGCCAAGGCAGAACGCUGGGGCCCGGCAACGCCACACGACUACAGCCGGGCACUGCUGAUACAGCUCAAUACGACGCAGAUGACGGCGACGCUUCUGCACGAGUACUGGGACCCCGAGCAGCCCAAGCACCCGGACUCGCAGGGCUCGGCGCAGGUACUAGACGACCGCGUCGUCAUCAGCUACGGCUUCCUCCCCGCCGUGACCGAGUUCGCGCGCGACGGGUCCGUGCUCUGCGACGUGCAACUGGCGCCCGCACUGGUCUCGCGCUGGGGCCUCGUGACGACGUACCGGGCCUUCAAGACGCGCGGCUGGGUUGGGCGCCCCACGAGCGCGCCCGCUGUGUUCAUGAAGCCGUCCGAGGGCCGCGUGUAUGCGAGCUGGAACGGUGCGACCGAGGUCCAUCGCUGGGUGCUGCAGGGCGCCGAGUGGGCGGACCUGGAAACUGAGAAGUUCGUUGAGCUGCAGGUGCACCGUAAGGACACGUUCGAGGCCAGCUUUGACAUCGAUAGCUCGAUGCCAAAGUAUCUGCGCGUCGCGGCCGUGGGCAGGGAUGGCAAAGUGCUGCGGUAUACGGCUAUCGUGAACCGGUUCGUGGGCAAUGCGCCGGGCCAUUUUGUGCGCAACAUCAUCGUCGCCGUCGUCGUGUCCGUCGCGCUGGUGCUCGCCUUCCUGGCGCUGUUGCGCAAGAAGAGUGUCGCGGGCAUGAGGCUCGGCGCCGUGCACGCAAUUGACGCCGUUGCGCGCCUGGUGCCCAGCUCGACGCGCUGGGAAGGCAAAUCGCCAUUGUUGGCCUAUCCGGGUGCGGAUGCUGAUGCCUAUAAGCCUAUGCAGCGGUGGAAGGAGUGGAGGAGUGCUAGGGGGCAUGAGUUGGAGCCGCUUUAUGAGGAUUGA